CUUUUGUAGAAUAGUUUCAUUGAACUAUUUCGUUCCGGAACGACACAACUCUUAACUUAUCUUUAGUUCUAAGGGAGGAAUUUUUGGUAAUUUCAUGAAUUUGUUGGACAAAUUCCAUUGCUUCUUGUAAUCCAGAUUUAGGCUACCUUACCUACUGUCUUCAGAUUUGAAAUUUCACAAUCGGAGUACAUGAAGAGAAUAUAAUUGGCGAACAACGUACCAAGUGGGAGAAUACGACGAAAUGUCGACAACACACAUUCUUAAUCGGAAUUGGCCAUAUCUGAGGACGCAAGGAUCUGCACUGCUUCGCAAUACGUCUCCCGUAAUUACGCUAAUAUGUUUGAUAACAAUAGUCGGUUAUUUACUAUCGUUCAGCGAGACUGCAGUAUUAUUUUUGACCGUAACUCCUGGCUAUAUUCUGCCCAAUGCCGAGUUUUGGAUAUGGACGGCAUUUACCUUUUGCUUCAUCGAAUUGCAUUGGUGGGAGGUGUUGGUAGAUGUUGUAACAGUGGGGCUGUGCGGCAAAAUGAUCGAACCCUUGUGGGGUCAAAUGGAGAUGUUUAAAUUCUUUGCCCUGAGCAAUUUUGGUGUGUCCAUCCUGACCACCAUGUAUUAUUUGUUCUACUACAUGAUAACAAAGAACCCGCAGAUUUUGUUUGAUGUUCAUAUCCAUGGUUUGGCUGGUUAUGUAGCUGGUAUAUGUGUUGCUGUUCGUCAGAUUAUGCCAGAUCAUCUGAUCUUCAAAACACGCUGGGGCAAACUGACCAAUCGCAAUGUCCCAUUGUCCGUGCUGAUAUUAUCCAUUAUAUUCUGGGCAGUGAAUAUGCUGGAUGGCACAUAUCCUGCCAUGUUUGCUUCGGGUCUUUUGGUGUCAUGGGUAUACUUACGUUUCUAUCAGCAUCAUCCCAAUGGUAAAGGCGAUAGUUCCGAAAGCUUUACUUUUGCCAGUUUCUUUCCAAAUAUAAUGCAGCCGGUAAUACAGAUAUUGGUCAAGCCAAUAUAUGGGUGCUGUUUAAAGGUGGGUGUGGUAAAACCACCGGCCCCACCGCGAGUUUCCGCCGCCAAUUUAACAUCCGUUUCAAUCUCAAUGCCCGGUGUAGAUCCACAUGACGUAGAAAGGAGGCGACAAAUCGCAUUGAAGGCACUAAGCGAACGUUUAAAGGCAACAGAAACCACAAAACACACACCGUUACCAAAAUCAUUUCCUACAGUGGCUGGAGCUGGUCACGGUCACGGUCAUAGUCACAACCACCAGCAUCAACAUAAACAUCAUCAUGGCCAUGGCCAUGGCCAUGGAAGUCAUGGUGGACACAGCCAUCAACAUGUUGGUGGUGCACACCAACAUAAUGCUUCGGGCCACAGCCACCAUAGCGGCGGGCAUGCCGAAAUACAAACGCCACCUUUUUUGGCCCAGUCAGCGUCACCAUCCCAGCCCAUCACCACGGCCCGAUCAGAACCACGAAUGAUCAGCACAAUGAGCCCCAUAGCCAUUCCCAUGCCUGCGCCGCCUCCCAAAACGCCACCUGCAGAGAAUUCUGCAAUAGCUACUAGCGAGUUUGUCGAUACCAAUAGUGAUAAAGCAUUACUCAUCGAUGUAGAGGGCGAAACCCAAUGAAAAAUGUAGCAUAAGAAGUAGUAGCAAAAUUAUCAGCUAAAAGUGUGAACACGACGAAGAUGACGAUGCUGCUGCAAACACGCUUAGCAGUGAUUUUUUGUUUUUUAUUAUAUUUUUAUUUAACCUGUAUAAAAACUACCUAGAAACUAUUUUGAAGUAUAGUUGGUACAUUUCCACAUGUUUCUUCUUCGAAGGGAAUCGCCAUUUCCUUCCCUCCAAGUUGUAUUCUCGUUUCUCUUUUUUAUAUGUAAUUAUUAUUAUGUUAAAAAUAAAUAUUAAAAUGCAAUAAAAUGCUUUUAGGACAUGA